AUGACGAGCACCGAGGGCAUCGUGCGCAGGCACGCCUUCCUGCAGGCGCUCCUCAAGCGGGGCUGUCUUGAAGAGUCCGAGGCGCUGCGGCUCUUCCAAGAGCUCAUGGAAUCGGACGACCCGUCGGCGUUCAAUCACCUCCUGACGUGGCUCAACCUAGGGGACCCCGAGGACGAGGGCGAGUUCGGUCUCCACAGCCUCCACAUGGCGGUGCGCUCGCUGCGGAACCCCUCGGACGGCAAGGUGUACGUCGGCGUCGUCAACAGGCUGCAGGACAACGUGGCGAAGCUGGGGGGGCUGUUCACGCCCGCGGAGACGGCCUUCUUCCAGAAGAUCCUCGAGACGAUCGCCGUGGCGGAGGAGCGGGAGAUCGACCACGUGGAGGCGCUCAACUGCCGGUCGGGGCUGAAGCGCGCGGGCACGCUGGGCGGCGACGUGUCGCUCUCGCUGAGCCUCACGGACGCGGAGACGGCGCUGCGCACCUUUGUGCGGGAGCGCUGGCUGCAGGACGCGGGGCGCGGGGAGAUGUACCGGCUGGGGCCGCGGGCGUUCCUCGAGCUGUCGGACAUGAUUCGGGACGCGGCGUCGGACGAGAACCGGGGGGAGUGGAUCAACUUGUAG